ACUAUGGAUGAACGAAGAAUAGCGGAUUAUUUUAUAAUUGCUGGGCUGCCUGAGGAUCCUGAGCCCUUGGACGAUACUACUUUGUCAGAGGGUGGAAAUUUAAAAGCCAGCCACGGGCAACCCCCCAUAACGGAUAUAAAUGUGAUAUUUCCUAGUUUAGGAGAAACAAAGCCCAAUGGGUGGGAGCUUAUUAAAAAGACACCAACUGGGCUAGUUGCUGACUUGAAUCAUGGCAGCUUAAGAUCUAUUGAAUGUUUCCUUUGCAUACGCCGAGGAAGAGACAAGCCACCCUUGGUCGAUAUAGGGGUCAUGUAUGAAGGCAAAGAACAACUGAUGGAUGAUGCUGAAGUUAUAAAAGAAACAAUGGGUGGCAAUGUUGCAAAUGUUAAUAACUCCACCUCAGAGACAUUUUUAACAUAUAGAAGGGGACAGCCUUCAAUGCCUUGCAAUGCCUUGGUUGUUACAGAUAUAUGUGUCAUCAUCGCUAGCAAAGGAGAAUCACCUCCACACGCUUUUUGCUGCAUCAGCAAGAACUUAAACAAGGGAAUCGUGGGCAGUGAUGUUUUCUUAUGUUACAAAAAGUCUAUGAACAGGGCCAGGCUAUUGACUUACAAACCAGAGGUUUUAGGAAGAUACCCAAUGGCGGAUGUACCCGACUUUCCGUUCCCUAACUCCGUGCCUUUAUUUUGCCUCCCCAUGGGGGCGACCCUCGAGAUGUGGCCUGGCGAGGCUUCACAACCGAAGCCCGUGUUUAGCUGUUUUGUACUGACUGUAUCCGACGCCAAGCAUAAGGUCUAUGGCUCCGCUGUAACGUUUUAUGAAAAGUACCCUGUUGAGAACCUAACUGAGGAUCAAAAAGAACUUUUGGGCUUCGAUGAGGACGAAAACGCUCAACAAAUCCGCGUGAACAAAAGCAUAUGCCUGUUGUCGCAUUGGCCCUUCUCUGACGACUUUCAGACGUGGCUGCUGUACCUCUGCCAAGUGGUGACCAGCGGCCAUCCUCAAGUGAUACCGGUGGAAAGGUACAUCGUUCAGCUGUUGGACGAGGUGCCGUUUCCGUUGCCACAUACCUUGCUGCAACUAUCCACUGAGAAUCCCGACUCGAGGGUGAUAUUCAUGCAGCCCGAGGACCUGCCCCUUCCCAGAAGCGCGGCCAGUUUCAAGCAGCUGUUGGUCAAUUUGGGGGCAGACAAUUGCUUGCAGGUGUUGCUAUUGGCCUUGACAGAACAAAAAAUUCUCAUUCACUCGCUCAGACCCGACACCUUAACAGCUGUCGCGGAAGCGGUCAGCUCACUGCUCUUCCCGUUCAAGUGGCAGUGCCCGUAUAUACCACUCUGUCCGUUGGGUUUGGUGGAGGUCCUGCACGCGCCGCUGCCGUUCCUCAUUGGGGUGGAUUCCAGGUUUUUCGACUUGUACGAUCCCCCGCCAGAUGUCAGCUGCAUCGACCUGGACACCAACAUUAUAACCGUCGCCGACACGCAGAGGCACCUGAACACGAAAAUUUUGCCGAAAAAGGCGGCGAAACUGCUCAAAUCCACCCUCGACUAUUUGUACUACCAAAAUCGGAACGCCGGGCCCGCACAGCCGGAGGCGGGCAACCAGGACGACAUCGAGGCGGAGUUCCAGCGGCGGCGCAAAGAGCACGCUCACGAGCUCGAAAUCCAAGAGGCCUUUCUCAAGUUCAUGGUGCAGAUACUUAAGGAGUACCGCAAUUACCUCAAACCGAUCACCAAGGCGCCGACGGUUGGCACCACCGAUCCGCAGGCCCUCUUCCAGCUCAACGAUUUCCUAAAGAGCCGCGACAAGAGCCACACGCAGUUCUUCAAGAUGCUCAUGAGGACUCAGAUGUUUAUUAGAUUCAUAGAGGAGAGGAGUUUCGUCGUUGACGGCGAUCAGGGUCUGACGUUCUUCGACGAGUGCAUGGAAAAGCUCAAUAGCAGCGACGAGUCCGACUUUAAGCUCAUUGAAUUGGAUUCGGUCCAUAGGAGCGACCGGACGCUGUUCGUUUUGCCGCCCGAACCACCCGCUCACGGCAAGCUUUACGCUUACGAGGACUUCUCCCUCAACCCGAUGUUGUUGAAUGGCAAAAUGCGUCGUCACGUGCCGUCUCUGGGUUCGACCACGGUCCCCGGUUCCCCCAUGGUGAGGAGGACCAAGCACGAGAUUAAAUCGGCUCAGAAAUUGGCCCGCAAGUAUCAACGCUCGCCGGACACGUGGGCGCGUUGCUUGUGCGGCACUUGUCACACCCUCUACUUCAUGGUACUGCCCAGCAUGCUGUCGUUGAACGCCGGCAAGGAGAAAGCGAUCCUGCAGCAGGCGUACGAGUUGUUGGUGCGGGCGACGCACCAGAGGCUCGCCUGCGACGAGGUCUGCUACCGGCUCAUGAUGCAGCUGUGCGGCGAACACAACCGCCCCCUGCUGGCGGUCAAAUUGCUCGUACUUAUGAAAAAGUACGGCAUCCAGCCGAACGCUUUGACAUACGGGUUGUACAACCGGUGCGUCCUCGAGGCCGAGUGGCCGGCGUCGUCGACGUCGAGCCAGCUGCUGUGGAAUAAACUGCGCAACGUGGUGAUCGGGGCGGCGCAUUUCAAAUGGGCCGCGAAGAGGAAGGCUUCGAGGCACCUGUCCGCGUCCACCGAAGGAGCGUCCAGCCUACUGGAUCCCGGCGACCGGACCGCGUCGAGGUCGUCGCUAGACUCGCACGAGGGCGCCACCACCGACGGCAGCCUCCUCGACCGAUUCAGACGGGUGGCGAAUAGUAUCGUCAAGGGGGGCGGUGUUCGGGCGUCAGAACUCGCGGAAAGCGACGAAACUGACGCGCGAGGGGGCGGAGACGACCACGAUAAGACGCCGACCACAAACACGUACGUGUCGCAAGAGAGCCCGUCCGAGUGUCGCAUAUUGUCGCGGUCGGAGAGCGCCGGCGACGCCAACUUGAUAGACAAACUGCAGAACACGACGAAGAAGGCGUGCUCGAGGGCGUUGCACUUCGAGCAAAACGGCGACGCGGUGGAGAACGGCAAAACUUCGCCGUCGAAGUCGUCUCCCAGGGAAUUGGUGACGGAAAACGACCCGCUGGGAGCGUUGGAACAGCCGCCCGAAGAACCUCGCCCGAUCAAAUCACCCUCGUCGCCGCAGCCCGAGACGAACCACCUAAUUACCGACGACCCCGUGUUGUUGUUCCGAUCCUCCGUCCACAGAUCCGCCACCUUCGAAGGUAGUCCCCCCGCUCAAAGCAAGUUGCCUCGCUCGGAGACUAUACCUGCAGCGACGGUGGCCUCGAGCCUGGCCAGUUUGGGGUCCAGUUUCAAGAUCAGUUUCAGCCGGUACACGUCGCAACGACUGUCGCUGCGCAGGGCUAACCUAAAGGUACCGCAGCAGCUGAUCGAGACCGCCAUCACGAAUCUAAGUCCCAGCAGCCUGGCCGGCAAAAAGUCCAACGAAAUCAUACAGGGCGGCCUUAGCACGAUAAAGUCGGCGGCCAGUUCGAUGGUGAAGAAAAUGGAGGAGAUCAAAGAGGCGAUAUCGACGUCGGCAAAUUCGACGCCGGUAAAGGUGGCGUCCUCGUUCGGCGGCGAUCGCAAAGCGUCGGGCGACGCACUGAACGAGAUAGACGCCGAGAGCAAUGACGGCAGCGACGCCGCCGGUCUCGAGCGGCACAGAAAGAUAUCCGCUGAGCUCGGCAGUUACAGGGGCAGUUGCGCCAACUUGAAAGACUACGACGAACCGUUGCCAGAGAGUUUGUAUCCGACGCCGGAAGAAGGGAGCGGCGAGAGCGCUCUCGAGCUGACACUGACCACGUGCUCGCAGUGUCACAACUGCUUCAGGCUGCUGUAUGACGAGGACAUCAUGGCGAACUGGUCAGCCGAAGACUCGAAUCUUAACACCAGGUGUCAGGCGUGCGGCAAGCCCACGGUGCCCCUGCUCACGGUGACGAUCGGCGGGCGUGACGUCAAACCAUGCGACCCGUUCAGUAUACCGUAUCUCAACCCGCUCGUGCUCAGGAAGGAGCUGGAAAAUAUACUCGCCAGGGAAGGUGACCUCAGCUUGGCUGAUGCGAAGUUCAUCGAGGAACACCCCAUCAUCUACUGGAACCUGGUCUGGGUGUUCGAGCGGAUCAACGUGCAGACCCAUUUGCCCAACUUGUAUUUGCACAAUCGACGCGACGGCGGCAACGGGGCGAAGAAAAGCAGGGAGGCGGCCGAGAAGGAAAGCGGAGACGGCGGCGGCGGCGCCAUGCGGUUGGUCGAGGAGGGAACCGACCCGUUGACGCAGGAGUUGGCGGCCCUCGCCGCUCCCCGUUCGGAGGACUCGAAGCGAAUGGCGGCCCAGGUAAAAGUGCGUUGCAUGUGGGACGAGCCCAGGUACCACGCGGAAGGUCCGCCCAUGUACGUGCUGUGGAAGCUGAGGGACAGCAAUCAAAUCAUAUCGAUGGACCGGCGCAAGAUCACGAAAUCUUUUAUGCAGCAAAUCAUCAAUUUCAUCCGCGUCAACGACCUGACGGAACCGGUGAAGAGUUUGGCGGGCGAACGCGAGACCAACAACGCGAGCGUUUCGAACUCGCUGUACCGCGACGUGUUGUUUUUGGCGUGCAAGGUGCUGGGGAGGUCCCAGAUCGACAUCAACGCCUUCGACAAGGAAUACACGACGGCUUACACGCGGUAUUGCGACAGACCCAGCCUGGAGCCGCAAGACAGGCCGAUCGGACUCGGCGCCCUCUACUGCAGGCAGUAUUUUCGCCCUCUACUGUUGCCCUAAGACGUUGCCGCCACUACAUCGGUUGAAUUUAUAUAUUUUGUCGUAAAUUACGGUUUAUCGUUGGAGGUAAUUGUUUCGUAAAAGAAUAAACUCUCGU